AUGUUUCCGAGCCCCAGCACGUCCACUCCCUUCUCCGUCAAGGAUAUAUUAAACCUGGACCCCGGCCAUGAGCUCAUGUCUUCUUUGGAGCUUUCUUCUCGCAUGGAUUGCUGCGGCGCAACCUCCUCCUGCUGCAUGCUGGGCCGCCUCAGACACGAGCCUCUGCGGGACACGUCCGCCGGGGCGCCGCUGUUUGACGAGGACCUCCACCUCCAGCAGCCCAAAUUGGCAGCAGCCAUUUACGGGAAACCUCUCUCGCAGAUGGACCUGGUGAAGGAGGGAGCGUCAGGCCCGUUAGAGGAGAUGCAUGCCAAAGAAGAGUUCAGCCCUCCGGCCGAACCCGCCGACGACACGACGAAACCUGACGAUCCGAGCCGACCGAAGGCCCGCAGGCGCCGCAAGCCGCGGAUCCUCUUCUCCCAGGCGCAGGUGUACGAGCUGGAGCGGCGCUUCAAGCAGCAGAGGUACCUGUCCGCCCCGGAGAGAGACCACCUGGCCGGCGUCCUCAAGCUCACCCCGACGCAGGUGAAGAUCUGGUUCCAGAACCGCAGGUACAAGUGCAAGCGGCAGAGGCAGGACCAGAGCCUGGAGAUGGUGUCCCUGCCGCCGCCCAGGAGGGUGUCGGUGCCGGUGCUGGUGCGGGACGGCAAGCCUUGCGUGGCGGCCGAGGCGAGCCCCUGCAACCCUCCCUAUUGCGUGGCUCACGUCAACCACUUCGCAUACAACAACUACCCGCAAUUCAGCGGCUACGCCAACAGCGCAAACUAUGCGUGCGGUUAUCCCGCAGCCAGCGUGCAAACGGGAUCGUCCAGUCAUGGGAAUUACAUGAACUUUGGCGUGGGGGAGCUCAACAACGCGCAGCCCACCUUUCCCUCACCCAACGGUGGGACCUCGCUGCACGGCAUUCGGACUUGGUAA